AUGGUACCAGGGAACCUAACACAUGUUUCCGGUUUUCUUCUUCUGGGAUUUUCGGAGGCACCUGAACUGCAGCCACUCAUCUUUGGGCUCUUUCUCUCCAUGUACCUGAUCACUGUGUUUGGAAACCUAUUCAUCAUCCUGGCCGUCAGCUCAGACACCCACCUCCACACCCCCAUGUACUUCUUCCUCUCUAACCUGUCCUUUGUAGACAUCUGCUUCACCUCCACAACCAUCCCAAAGAUGCUGUGGAACAUCCAGACCCAGAACAAAGUUAUAAGCUAUGAAGGCUGCAUCACCCAGAUGUACUUUUUCGCACUGUUCGUAGGGUUGGAUGACUUCCUCCUGACUGUGAUGGCCUAUGACCGCUUUGUGGCCAUCUGCCACCCCCUGCACUACACGGUCAUCAUGAGUGCCCGGCUCUGUGGACUGCUGGUGCUGGUGUCCUGGGUCAUCAAUGUCCUACACUCCUUCUUGCAAACUUUCAUGGUGUUGAGAUUGUCCUUCGGCAGAGAGGUGAUAAUCCCUCACUAUUUCUGUGAACUCAAGCAGUUGGUCCAACUUGCCUGUUCUGACACCUUUCUUAAUGACAUGGUGAUGUAUUUUGCAACUGUGCUGCUGGGAGGUGCUCCCUUAGCUGGUAUCCUUUACUCAUACUCUAGGAUAGUUUCCUCCAUAUGUGAAAUCUCAUCAGCUCAGGGGAAGUAUAAGGCAUUUUCCACCUGUGCAUCUCACCUCUCAGUUGUCUCCUUAUUUUAUUGUACAUGCUUAGGAGUGUACUUUAGCUCUGCUGUUACCCAAAGCUCACACUCAAGUGCAACAGCCUCAGUGAUGUACACUGUGGUCACACCCAUGCUGAACCCCUUCAUCUAUAGUCUGAGGAACAAGGACAUAAAGAGGGCUCUGAAAGCACUCUUUAGGAGGACAACGAUUAAAACACCAGUUGUUCUAAGCUGA